UGUGAUGAGUGUGGGAAGGCGUUUACCCGGGCUGGAGACUUAAAAAAACACAAAGUUAUCCACAGUGGAGUUAAACCCUACACCUGUGACUUGUGUGGAAAACCUUUUACCCAGGCUGGAAACUUAAAAAAACACAAAGUCAUCCACAGUGGAGUUAAAGCAUACAGCUGCGACUUGUGUGGUACAUCUUUUGCCCAGGCUGGUAACCUAAAAACUCACCAACUCAUCCACAGUGGAGUUAAACCCUACACCUGUGAUGAGUGUGGAAAAUCUUUUACCUUGGCUGGAGACUUAAAAAAACACAAAGUCAUCCACAGUGGAGUUAAAGCGUACAAGUGUGACUUGUGUGAAAAAUCUUUUACCCAGGCUUUUAACUUAAAAACACACCAGCUCAUCCACAGUGGAGUUAAAGCAUACACCUGUGACUUGUGUGGAAAAUCUUUUACCCAGGCUGGAUGCUUACAAAGACACCGACUCAGCCACAGUGGAAUUAAAGCGUACACCUGUGACUUGUGUGGAAAAUCAUUUACUGUGAGUGGAAGCUUGAAAACACACCAGCUCAUCCACAGUGGAGUUAAAGCAUACAACUGUGACUUGUGUGGAAAGUCUUUUACCCAGGCUGGUAACUUAAAAACACACCAACUUGUCCACAGUGGAGUUAAACCGUACACCUGUGACUUAUGUGGAAAGUCUUUUACCCAGGCUGGAAGCUUACAAAGACACCAACUCAGCCACAGUUUAGUUAAAGCGUACAGCUGUGACUUGUGUGGAAAAUCUUUUACCCUGAGUGGAAGCUUAAAGACACACCAGCUCAUCCACAGUGGAGUUAAACCAUACAACUGCGACUUGUGUGAAAAGUCUUUUAACACUGCUGUUAACUUAAAAAAACACCAACUCAUCCACAGUGGAGUUAAACCAUACAACUGUGACUUGUGUGGAAAGUCUUUUAACACUGCCUUUAACUUAAAAACACACCAAGUUAUCCACAGUGGAGUUAAAGCGUACACCUGUGACUUGUGUGGAAAAUCUUUUACCCUGAGUGGGAGCUUAAAAAAACACCAACUUAUCCACAGUGGAGUUAAAGCGCACACCUGUGAUCAGUGUGGCAGAGCUUUUGCUCGCAGUAGAUACUUACAGCGUCAUCAAGUUACCCACUCUGGAGUGAAACCAUACAGCUGUGACAUUUGUGGAAAAACUUUCAGCGAGCUAUGGAGCCGAAAUAGACACCAACGGAUUCACACUGGACAUGAUGUUUACUGCUGUGAUCAGUGUGGCAAACUGUUUACAACAGAUGCACAGUUACAACACCACAUGUUUACCCACACUGAGGAGAGACCUUAUAAAUGUGACCUUUGUGAUAAGACUUUUAAAUCUCCACUUUACCUGAAAAUACACCAACAGAUCCACACCAGAAAGAAACUCUACAAGUGCAGUUACUGUGAGAAGCAGAGCGACACAGAUGGAUCCAGUUCUCAACCCUGUCAUCACUGUGGAGGUGGGAAAGCGUUUCGUUGCGACCUUUGUGGAAAAACUUUCAAUCAGCAACGAAACCUAAAAAUGCAUCAGCGUAAACACACUGAAGACAAAAUGAUCUACUGUAAAGAAUGUGGAAGAGGCUUCCCCACUCAAUCUGAUUUUAAACAACAUGAAAUUUUCCACAGUGGUGUUAAAAAGCACGCCUGUAACCAGUGUGCAUACUUCUCCACCUCUGCAGGUCAGCUUAAAAGACAUAAACGAGUCCACACAGGAGAGAAACCAUACAAGUGUAGACACUGUAACAAAAGAUUCUCACAAUCGAGCAGUCGUAACAAUCAUGAACGUACACACAUUGAAGGGAACUUCAGCUGUGACCAGUGUGACAAGAGCUUCAAGAAUCUCAGUUCAUACUCCGAGCACAAACGAUCCCACAUUACUAAUAAACAGUUUCACUGUUACCAAUGUGCAAAAACAUUCACUUCACUAUCUGCUCUGUGCAAACAUCAGCGUGAUCAUGUACGACUGAAAUCAGUUGAUCACAACGAAUCUGCAGAGACAGAAAGUUCCUCUUCUGGUUUCGGGGUCAGACUUAAAAACCUUGAGAUCAGGCUCCACAGAGUUCAGCUGGACUCUCCUGUAAAGAGUGUCAGCUGAUGUCACACUUGGAUCUGAGGAGGUAGCUCUGAUUUCUUCAACUGCAGUGAAUAAUCCUGAAUGUUACAUUUAGGAAGCUGCAAGUAUAGAUAUGUACAUUGUUAAGGUUCAAUGUUGAGAGAGGAAUCCAAAAAUAACCACAGAUCCAGGCGUGUGCAAUUUAGACGGCAUUUUAAUGAAUACACAUAUGCGGAGCCAAUACUGUUCAGAUUCAGUAUUGGACUAACUACAAUCGUCA